UGUGAGUGUUUGGCUGCGUGAAGAACCGGCAUUUAUAGAAGAGGGGCAAUGGCUCGGGAUCCUUCGGAGAAGUGCCUAUGGAAAGUAGAAGCAUUUCGGCUUACCUCAGUGUGCUUUGGUGCCGUGCAAUACUUACAAUCGGACUUCGGUAUUAAACUAGUGCAAUUUGAUUUCAUCAGCUUAUAGAAUAGAAGAGAGAGAGAGAGAAAGAGAAAGAGAGAACGGAGAAAUAUUUUUUUAACGCGUAUGAACUUCCUUUGGAGUCCAAUCUCGAAAAGAUACAAGAGAAGACCCUGUUUCUAUAUAUGGCAAUGGGAAACAAUUCUACAGACCGGCGUGGCCCACUUUUUCCAGUCCGAUAUUUAAUGGCCAUACUUGGAUCCAUCGGUUUAGCUAUUAUAUACGGUUUUAAAGUCAAUGUCAGCGUGGCUAUUGUUGCAAUGGUGAACCAUACAGCCGUACGACUUUCAGCGAUGCACAAUGAAUUAAAAAGAGAAAAUACAAAUUUAAUGACGACGGAAAUUUGUCAAGAUGAUGUAAUUUUAAACACGACGGCAUCUUCUACCGAGGAUGGCCCUUUUAUUUGGAACGAACCUCUUCAAGGUCUUAUUUUAUCUGCAUAUUUUUGGGGCUAUAUGGUAUCCUUAUUACCAGGUGGUAGAAUGUCCGAACUGUUAUCAGCUAAAUGGAUGAUGAACGGAUCCGUUUUGUUGAAUGUCGCAGCAUCAAUAUUAUCGCCUAUUGCAGCAGAUAUACACUAUUCAUUAUUUAUUAUAAUGAGGUUCAUUCAAGGCCUCGGUGGGGGUGUAACGUUCCCGGCUAUGCAUGUGAUGAUCGCCAAAUGGGCUCCACCGAAUGAACGAAGUGUUCUCGCAUCAAUCGUUUAUGCUGGUACUGCUCUCGGUACCGUGAUCUCUAUUCUAUUAUCGGGAAUACUGGCUGCAAAUCUUGGCUGGAUAUGGAUUUUCUAUAUCGAAGGUGCAUUAUGUCUAAUUUGGUGUAUCGCUUGGUGGUUGAUAAUUGAAGACUCUCCAGAAGAACAAAUGAGAUUUAUCAGCGAGGAGGAAAAGAAUUACAUCAUGGAGUCUUUGGGUCAUACUAAAAGCAUCGGCGGUCACAAAGAGAAAUUACCAGUACCAUGGGGACAACUGUUAAGGUCUACUCCCUUUUUGGCUAUCUUAAUAGCACACUUUUGUAGCAAUUUUGGGUGGUACAUGUUGCUUAUUGAAUUACCAACUUACAUGAGUCAAAUAUUAAAAUUCAAUAUGAGUUCAAACGCUGGUCUAUCCGCAAUGCCAUUCUUAUGUAUGUGGAUUUUUACUAUGACUCUCAGUAAAGUAUUGGCUAUUAUGCAAAAUAAGAAUUUAAUAACAGUAACCAUAUCAAGGAAAAUAGGAACUUUAUUUGCGUCGUUUGUUCCAAUGAUUUGUCUGAUAGGGGUAUCUUAUGUCGGAUGUAAUCGUGCUUUAGCAGUAAUGCUGAUGACUAUUGGUGUUACUUGUAUUGGUGGAAUGUAUUGUGGCUUCCUAUCUAAUCAUAUAGAUAUUGCACCAAACUUUGCUGGUACUUUAGUGGCUAUAACAAAUUGUAUUGCUACUAUACCAGGCUUUAUUGUUCCUAUUUUUGUUGGGAAGUUAACCCAUGGAAAUCAAACACUAGAGGCAUGGCGAAUUAUAUUCUUUGUAACUGUAGGUCUUUAUAUAAUCGAAAUACUUGUUUACUGCAUCUUCGGAUCAGGUGAAGAACAACCAUGGAAUAAGAUAAAUUUUUCUUUUAAAGAAGUCAAUGAUCAAACUUUACCUCUGAAAAAAAAUGCUAGAAAAUAAUUUGUAUAAUCAGUAAUAUAUUAAAAUAUUGUGUCAUUAGAUAUAUCUCAUAAUAUAUAUAAGAAAGGAUCGUGUAUUUUAUUAUUUGUAUUAGAUAACAAAACUCCUUUUACAACACAUGAUAACUUUCU